GAGCGAGCGGGGGACGAGAGAGGACUGCGCUUGGCUCCUCUCUUAACCUGUGGCACUCGCCCCUGAACGGCAGUGAGUGCAAAGCCACCGAAGGGAGAAGAGUGCUGCUCUGCCUCUUGAAACCACGUGAAGAAAAGUGUUUGUUGUUGUUUUCAAGUCGAUUGGAAAACUUUUUCGCGAGUGUUUGAUGCGGAGACACAUCAUAUAUGAUGUUAUUUUUCUAGUUCUUUGAAUUCGCGCUCAGAAGAGAAAGGGAAGACAGAAAUUAACAUCGCACCGAACGUGUACCCAAAGAUAUUGUUACAUUUCUCCUUUUCUUUAAAAAAAAAAGAAUCCUCAAAAAGUCUGAAGGAAAGAAAGGAAGAUAAAAUCGAAAGAAUGAAAAUAGGCGAAUUAGUGAGCGAAGCCCCGGCGACAAACCACUAACCAGAAAACAAGACACGAGAGAAAGAGAAACCAAACGGGAACAAGAGGAGAAUAGAAGAGAGAUCCCAGAAGCAAGAGACCGAAGGACAGCCCGAAAGGAAGAGAGAGAGAGAGAGAGAGAGAGAGAGACAGCGUCGACAUGAGAGCCUCGGCUGCCCGAACAACGACCAAGAACGUCUUAUCGGGGACUAUCGCUAGCGGCUUUCAUCAAAGGGUGUAUGUAUACGAUCCCAGAUAAGCUAUCAUUUAUUUGUAGUGUACCGCCGACACCCGAAGCCUGGCGCGUCGGGGGGAGGGGGGGGAGGAGGGCACGCAGCGGGGCGGGAAGUCGGGACGAAGUCGGGACGAACGAACUCGCGCGAGGAAGACGACUUCGAAGAACGGACGUCUAAGGAAAUUGGAAGAACGGGCGUCUUUGUCCUAUCUGAAGAACGGACGUCUGGCGGACUCUGAAGAACGGGCACCGAAGUCAGCCUUCAAGAACAGACGUCUAAAUGAACACAAGAGAGAGAAACAUCAAAGUCAUCUUCAAAGAACAACCACCCACAUCAACAUUAAGGAAGAACCUUAAAAUAAAAGUUAUCAAGUGUGAUAUUUUGUAAGAGUGUGUUCUAGUGUUCUUCAUAAUAGUGAAGAAAGUUAGCGAGUGAGUGUCUAUUUUGGUGUUGGAAAAGAAACAGUGCGAAGGCGAGAGGUUGAUAAAUAGAGGAAGAAAGAUAGAAAAGAAAGUACAGGCAAUAUAUAUACAAGUGAGAUAACAGUUCUUGGAAGAAAAAUUAAUCUUUGAAACAAGAGAAUCAUGGCUGUGUCAAUGCCUGUGCAGAGAGUGUAAUGAGAAGAAAACAGAAAACAAGAAAACGUAAAAUAUAAAAAAAAGAAAAAAAGCUUAUCCCUCUUCCUCUUCCUCGUCAUUUUCUUAACAUCUUUAUCCUCAUCCUCUUCCACUUCAUCCACUCCCUCACGCUCCCAUAAAACAAACAAACAAAACAAAGGGAGAAGACACCUCCCUCCUUCCUUCCUUCCUUCCUUCCUCCCUACUCCCAUCUUCAGAAACGGAGGAGCUGGACGACACCUUCAGGAAACCCGCCAACAUCAGCCACAAUUAAGUCCAGCAAGACGCGCCGCCGCUUCUCCAACACCAGCGCCGACAAGACGAAAAACAUGGCCAAUUCCUUCGUGAAAUGGUGCCGCGCCAAGUUCCUCAACGGAUUCAAACACAUCAAUG